AUGUCCGCCGAACGACAGCAGAAGCCUAAGCAGAUCCGAUGCACCAUCAUCGGAGCAGGUGUGUCUGGUAUCCUAAUGGCAUACAAGCUCAAGCAACAUCUCAAUGGCUACGUCACUUUUCAGAUCUUCGAAAAGUCACCAGAUCUUGGAGGAACAUGGUUUGAGAACAAGUAUCCCGGCUGCGCUUGUGAUGUCCCGAGUCAUUGCUAUCAAUAUUCAUUUGCUCCUAACCCGUCGUGGUCAAAAGUCUACGCAUCCUCUGAUGAGAUCCAGGGUUACCUGAAAGGUGUUGCGAAGCACUUCGAUCUUGAGCAAUAUAUAUCCUUCAACACAAAGGUGGUUUCGGCACAAUGGUCUGAGAAUGACAGCACCUGGGCAGUAGAGUUGGAAUGUGGCUCUAUUGUGACAUCAGAAAUUCUGGUUAAUGCUGGCGGCAUCCUCAAUCACCCACAAAUUCCCACUAUCGAGGGGCUGUCCGACUUUACUGGUCCGUUAUUGCAUACAGCAUCCUGGGAUCAUUCGAUCGACCUCCGAGGUAAACGCGUCGGCGUUAUUGGCGCGGGAGCCAGUUCAAUCCAGUUGGUUCCCUCGAUACAGCCUCUGGUCAAGGAUAUGAAGGUUUUCAUCCGUACACCUUCCUGGAUUGCACCGCAAGUCGCUCUGCCCGACCCCAAUGCGACAAACUACACUUACACUAAAAAGGAGAAGGCGCUUUUCGAAGAAAACAAGAAUAGGUAUCUCGAUACCAGAAAGGGAUUGGAAGACCAGUUCAACGGAAUGUUCCGACUCUUCCUGAAGUCGAGUCCUGAGCAGAAGAGAACACGCGCCUUGUUCGAGUCGCGCAUGAAACAGCUAAUCCCUGACCAAGAUCUGCAGAAGAAGCUAAUACCUUCAUUCGAGGCUGGGUGUCGAAGAAUCAAUCCGGGAGAGGGCUUCCUGACCGCUUUGCAAAAGCCAAACGUCCAGCCUGUAUUCGAUUCAAUCGAGAGAGUGACUCAGAAUGGCAUUGUGGCUGGUGGCAAGAAAUAUCCAGUAGAUGUCUUGGUAGCCGCUACAGGAUUCAAUACGACCUUCAGACCUCGUUUUCCCAUCAUUGGUCGUAAUGGUGUCAACCUGCAAGAUGCAUGGAAAGAACACCCUGAAUCCUAUCUCGGUCUCGGUGUUGCAGGUUUUCCCAAUUACUUCAUAUUCUUGGGGCCGAACACUCCGAUAUCGAACGGAAGCUUGAUGGGUUCCGUGGAAGCAACCGCCGACUACUUCAUUCGUCUCCUUCACAAGAUGAUUCGACAGCGUGUCAAGUCCUUCGAUAUUCGAGUCGACGCCCAAGAUGACUUCAACACUCACACGCAGAAGGUGAUGCAAGACAUGGUGUGGACUGGAACUUGCCGCAGUUGGUAUAAACAGGGCACAAACGGAAAGGUAACCGGAAUCUGGCCCGGGAGUUCCCUUCAUUACAUCCAGGUCCUCUCAGAAGAUCGCUGGGAGGAUUAUGAAUGGACCCAUGCGUCGGAGAGGUAUAGUUACUGGGGCCAUGGACUGUCAUGGAUUGAGGAGCCUGCUCUUGAUCCACUGGGCGCUUCCAGGCAGGGCAUGAUCGAAGCCAUGACAACUUUGCCAAAGAAGGACUCUGACUUGAGCUUUUAUCUGUGGGAGAGCAAUCCUCUGCCCCAGGCCUGUUUUGCAAGUGGGCACUCAGAAGAGAGAGUCCACAACAGCGAUAACUUGGUAUGGAACAAGGUAUUGCAUCCCACUACUACUUCAGAUGUUGAGAAGCAUACUGCGGUAGCUUGUGUUACCGUACCAUUCUAGAAGAAGUAUACACUAGUACAUCGAGAAGCCAUGACUCAUCAGAUUGAAGCUCAGUGCCAAUGACACGUAGUGA